AUGUCUAAGAUUUUACCUAAAGUUAAGCUAGCCACUUAUGAUGGUAAAGAACCUAGGGCCUGGCUUAGGAAGUGUAUUAAGUAUUUUGAGGCGUAUGGGGUUCCAAAAGAUCAGAUGUUGGGAAUAGUCAGCUUGUUUUUAGUUGACAGGGCAGAUGCUUGGUAUCAUAAUUGGGUAAAAAGGGAAGGAUCUCAUUCUUGGAUUGAUUUUGAGAGGGAUCUUUGUGUAAGAUUUGGGGAGGAAGGUUUAGGAGAUAUAAUUGAGGAGUUUAUGAAAAUGAGGCAAGAAGGGUCACUUAAGGAGUAUCAAGAUAAGUUUAAAGACAUAAAAGUUAGAUUGGAGAGGGUUAUGCCAAAUUUAUGGGAAGCCUAUUUUUUGUCUGGUUUUAUUAGAGGGUUGAGAGAUGAUAUUAGGCCUAUGAAAAACCUUCCUACUACUAGCCAAUCUUUUGUUAACCAACCUGCAGUUAAAACUAAUACUAAUAUCACUACAAAUUCCAAUACCAUCAGGCAGCCAAGGCCUUGUUUUAAGUGUGGAGAUAGAUACUUCCCUGGGCAUCAAUGCAAGCAACAGAAAUUAGUAAUGGCAAUACAAGGUUGUGAGAGUGAUGGAACAGUUUUCCAAGUGCAAGGACAAGACAUGGAAGAUGGUGAUAAAGUAUGGCAUGAUGUUGGAGAAGGAGAGGGAAUAGGUUCUAUAGAGGAAAUGACAUUAUCUAUGCAUGCAAUUGAGGGUAGACAAGGGACUAAAACAAUAAGAGUUCUGGGCAAGCAUAAGAGCAGAGAAAUAUUGAUUUUAAUUGACAGUGGUAGCACCCACAGUUUUUUAGAUGUUAAGGUAGCAAGAGAAUUGAAGGUGCCUUUGGUGGAUGUUGAUGUUUUUACUUGUGCUGCUCUGGCAGGGUCUCCUACAGUUCUCAAUUAUCCACCUGAAUUGCAGCUGCCAUAUAGGUAUCCUCAUUUCCAAAAAUAUGAAAUUGAAAAAUUGGUGAAAGAGAUGUUGGAUAAUGGUGUUAUACAGCCUAUUACUAGUCCUUAUGCAUCUCCAGUCCUUCUUGUUAAAAAAAAGGAUGGAACUUGGAGAUUUUGCAUUGAUUAUAGAAGGCUUAAUGACCUUACUAUUAAGGACAAAUUCCCAAUUCCCAUAAUUGAUGAUCUUGUGGAUGAACUUCAUGGUACUACAAUCUUUUCUAAGAUUGAUUUAGAAGCUAGCUACCAUCAGAUAAGGAUGAAUCCUUUAGAUGUUCACAAAACAGUUUUUAAAACACAUCAUGGGCAUUAUGAAUUUACUGUCAUGCCUUUUGGCUUAACCAAUGCCCCUACCACAUUCCAAGCACUUAUGAAUCAUAUAUUUCAGCCCUUCCUCAAAAAGUUUGUUUUAGUUUUCUUUGAUGACAUUCUGAUUUACAGUUCUUAUUGA